ACUCCAAGCUACGUAUCUUCUGAUUCUUUUCUUUGCCCUCAAUUAAUGCAACGCCAAUUUUAACAACCUCUCUUAACCUACUGCAACAAUUCUAGUGAUCCUCAAAAGAUAAUUAGAUACGACGAGAAAUGCAGCUGUUCUCCUCCGUCGCCGGAAUUCUUCUCCUCAGCUUCGCCGCCGAGAAAUGCCGGGAGCUGGGCGGCGACGAUCAUCCAUGGCGGAAUCGAGGAGAGAGAUUCACGUUCACCGAUUGCUUCGACAUGGGCGUGGGCACCGCCGCCUGCCUGCUCAAGGAACUCAUCAAGCUCUAUCUCUACUACGUCCGAGCCAUCUACGUCCAGAGAGUCAGAUCCGAGGCGGCGCACAAAGCUCUCACGGCCAACUUGUCCCAAGGGCAGGGCUUCGACGACGCGGUGGCGGCAGCGCGUGAGGAGGGAGAGGCGGCGGCCAGGCGGGCGAAGCGGCACGUGAGGCACGUGAUGGGGCCCGUGCUCUCCGCCGCCUGGGACUUGUUCGAGACCUUGUACGUGGGCGGCACCGCCGCGGAGGGGAUCGUUCGGUCCGUGGGGACGUUGGGCGGCGCUUACGGCGGCGGGAUAGCGGGAGAAGGGAGGAUGGGGUGGGUGGGGUUCGUGGGGGGGAGCCAGGUGGGGGGGUGGGCGGGAGGGAGGAUUGGGCUCAUGGUGUAUGAUGUGUGGAAUGGUGUUCGAUUAUUGCUUCAUCGCAUGCAUCUCUUUAAACAUUAG